AUUCGUUAAUAAGUCACACACAUUUUGCUGUCUGUGUUCAGUUUGUUUAGCUCAAACACAAGAACACUAACAAACCCAUCACCACAAAUUGCUUGAGUCCACAAAUUUGCAAGUUAAUCUUGAGCGGAAAUCAUCAAUACAGUACAGUAGUCCCUCGGAAACCGAUCAGUAUGACUGGACGCGAAGUUGCCUUCUCGGAGUUUUUUGUAAAUGCUGAAAGUAGUCGAAGAACCAAGUUUCGGGCCCAAAAGGUGGCCCAUGAACUGGUUAUGAAAAACAAAGAGGUGCGCGACAAGUUAAUCAACAACAAAGUGCCCACCUAUUCGGAACUGCGAAGGAUAAUGCGAUCGGCGGGCAAGGAGGCGGACCUAAAUCCGGUCACCUAUAAAAGUAUGAUAGAAAUCCGACAAGCGCAAAUCGAUCAUAGGCGCCUCAAAAAUAUCAAGUCCACUGGCGAUUCCCUUGGAUUUCGGGCUCGCAUUAUAAAUCGCAACCAGUUGACAUACGAAUUCAAUCAGAAGCAAGACAUCUUUCGCAAAAACCUCGAGCUCCUUGGACGGAUCAACAAGACCAAUCGACUGAAGGGCUGCGUUGAUAGCUUCAACCGCAAUUUUCCCGCCCUUCAGCCGAAUCGGAUCAAGAUCCGUGCCCUUGCCGAGCGUUUGAGCCAGGAAAACAGGCAGCUGGGGUGUCGCCUCUCGGCAGUGAAGUCUAAGGUGGACUCGCACAGUGCUUGGGUGGCGCCUGUGAAGCCUCUCGAGCAGAAGGCUUCUGAUCAAACAGUAUCCACCUUUAUGCCUUAUAUGCCAUCACCUCGUUUGGGAAAACGAAGUGCCCAUGUCCUGCUGCGCCCCAUCGUAUAUUUUGACCUGGCUGUUCGCGAGAAUAACCAAUUCUUGGGCCGAUUACUGCUGCAACUUUACACGGAACUGAGUCCCGAGGUGGUGCUUGAAUUCGUGCGAAUGGCCACCCACAACGAUGUAGGUUGUCACAGUUUUGUGCGAAUAUUCUCGAAUCUUUGGAUGGAGGGGGAACUGGUGCCGGGCAGCAACGAUCCGUUGCGCAAUCACCACAGUGUGAAGCACUCCUUUCUGGACCCCAGCAAGUUAACCGGGGUGAUCUCGUAUCCGUGGGACUAUCGCCGCCACUUUCCCCAGGGUCUGCUCAGCUACACCAUCAGCUUCAAGCCAUCGGUGGUUCCAUGGCAGCGGGUCAUCUUUGGACGCGUCUGCGGUGGCCUCAGGGUCCUGCAGAACUGCCACGAAUUCGGCACCAAAAAUGGCAAGACCAAAAAAACCGUGAUUGUCACACGUUGUGGCCUGCUCUAAUGGGACUUCCUAUAUACUCGUAUAAACAUAUAUUUCCUGCCUCAUUAUGCCCCUGCAUUAACAUAAGCCCAGCGAAAAACUUGCGUUGGCCCAACAAAAUUGUAGCACAUAGGUGUGUGCUCCAAUGCAGCAUAAUGUUUUUUCUCCAACAAAAUGCAAAUAAAACUAUAAAGUAA